AUGAUUGCCAAGCUCAACAGCGACAUUCCAGCUGACUUGUCGGCACGACGAGAGAGCCGGGCAAGCACACAGAACUGGAUGGCGCUAACCGACCAAAAGCGAUACACCGCAUCGGCUCAAGGCAUGCAACCCAAUUUCAAAAAAAAAAUCAAUUCGGCGCUAUUCGACGAGACACUCGCCGUGUGCCUGACUCUGUCGGAUGCUGCACAGAUUCCCAAGCGAGGGUCCAACGUGUGGGCUUUCGGUCGUUGCGCUGCUUCAAAGGGUCCAACGUGCGACAUUCCUGUCCAAAAGAGAAAUUAUUCACGCCUCCGCUUCCCUCUGGAGAUCCAGUCUGAAACGGAUGUCGAUCUUUCUCCCCGCUUUGCCGCUACCGUGGCCUUGUCUCCAGCCGAUCGCCUCGAUGUGCCUUGCCUUGUAUGGAGCCGGUUUCUAGCUGCGUCGACUUGUAAUAGGCGGAUGCGCCCGAGCCACUCCGUGCUCGCUCCAGCUCAUCAAGAUUUGAGGGUCAGACUCUGA